ACUGUACCGUUGGUCCGCCUGGGGCUCUAGGGGCCGGGCCGGCUUUCCAGGAGGUUCUGGGGAGCCGACCGGAGGACCACGAGGGAGGAGUCGGCACGGGGCCCGCUUCGAGCUGCCUGCGGGCCGCUAUCCCGAGUCUCAGUUUCCCUGGCGGGGCAGUCUGGCAGGGCUUGGAGCCACGUGCUCCUCAGCCCCCGCCGCAGUCCCACAACUCUCUCCUUGGGUUCUGCGCUCUUUGCAGACGGGGACACUGAGGCCCCGGCGGGUCACCCAGCCUCGUGGACCUGUGCGGGUCCUGUGGUGGCACCAAUGGCUGCGGCGAGGGCGGUGGCUGAUCCACCGAGGAGCCUGAUGACCUUCGAGGAUGUGGCGGUGUAUUUCUCCUGGGAAGAAUGGCUGCUCCUGGAUGCCACCCAGAGGGCCCUGUACCGCCAUGUGAUGCUGGAGAACUUUGCCCUAGUGAUGUCUUUGGGUCUGUCUGCCUCCCGACCUCAUGUGGUUGUCCUAAUCCAGCGUGGUGAGGAACCAUGGGUUCCGAGUGGAAUGGAUACAGCCCUGGGCAGCAGCACCCUUGAGAGGCACAGCCUCGGUGCCUGUUCUCCCGCAGAGGACAAAGAUGUUCCUGGAUUAGCAGACCUGCCACAGAUCUACCCAAAUAGCUCCGGUGGGACCCCUAUUAGUGUCCUCACUGCGGGUGCCUGCCCUAAUGCAAAAAGUCUGGAGGGACCACCGAGUGUCUCUCCAUACCAAGAGAAAAAGCCCACAGGAGUGUCAGUCAUCUACUGGGAGCAGCUCCUGCCAGGCUCCGGCAGUGAGGCGGCGAGCAUCAGUUUGCGGCUGACCUCUCCACAGAGGACUCCUGAGCGGGACCCGUCCAGAGAGAAGACCUUCCCAGGCGGCCGGGCAUCAGGGAAGCAGCCACAGAGGGCUAGGCGUCAGAAGCUGAACGACCAGCAGGCCCCAGGGAGAGCCUUCGGGGGCAUCCCGGACCUCGGGGUUGUCUGUUCUCCGGCAGGACAAAGAAUGAGUGAGGCUUGGGCCGAGCCGCCGAGUCUCCCGGGCGCUCAGGAGCCCCCGACCUGGGAGGAGCUGGGCGAAGCCCUCCGGGCCGGCCCUGGGCUCCUCCCAGGGGAGAAGCCCUUUGAAUGCCGGGCGUGCAGCAAGGUGUUCGUGAAGAGCUCGGACCUCCUCAAGCACCUGCGCACGCAUACCGGGGAGCGGCCCUAUGAGUGUGCCCAGUGCGGCAAGGCCUUCAGCCAGACCUCGCACCUGACCCAGCACCUGCGCAUCCACAGCGGGGAGACGCCCUACGCCUGCUCGGCCUGCGGCAAGGCCUUCCGGCACAGCUCCUCCCUGGUGCGGCACCAGCGCAUCCACACGGCGGAGAAGGCCUUCCACUGCGGCGAGUGCGGCAAGGCCUUCAGCCACGGCUCCAACCUCAGCCAGCACCGCAAGAUCCACGCGGGCGGCCGGCCCUACGCCUGCGCGCGGUGCGGCCGCCGCUUCUGCCGCAACUCGCACCUGAUCCAGCACGAGCGCACGCACACCGGCGAGAAGCCCUACGCCUGCGCGCUCUGUGGCGCCGCCUUCAGCCAGGGCUCCUCGCUCUUCAAGCACCAGCGCGUGCACACGGGCGAGAAGCCCUUCGCCUGCGCGCAGUGCGGCCGCGCCUUCAGCCACAGCUCCAACCUCACGCAGCACCAGCUGCUGCACACGGGUGAGAGGCCCUUUCGCUGCGGGGACUGCGGGAAGGCCUUCGCCAAGGGCGCGGUGCUGCUCAGCCACCAGCGCAUCCACACCGGGGAGAAGCCCUUCGUGUGCACACAGUGCGGCCGGGCCUUCCGCGAGCGCCCCGCGCUCUUUCACCACCAGAGGAUCCACACCGGCGAGAAGGCCGCGCGGCGGCCCCGGGCUUCCACGCGUCCCCAGGCCAGGCCGCCAGGACCCCCAUCCGAAGGUUCCUCCAGGAAGGAUGCCAAGGUCCCUUCGAACAUGGGCCCCGCCGCCGUCGCGAAGGCAGCCCCCAAAUCAGCCGAAGCCUGAGAUCAUCACAACACUGCCCUUCUCCGGCCUUCUGCUGAUUUCCUCUUACGCUGCAAACCCUGUAAGGGGAGAAGCUAGCUUGUACAAGCCGGAACGAGCGAUACCCUUCGGCCCGCAGCCCUACUCGCACAGGGUGACAAGCUUUGCCACUUCAGGCACAGCUCAUACCUCCAUCCUGGAAGAGACCAUACCUCAGCGGCAUCAAGGGAAUUUGGGUGGAGCUGAUACCGCAGUCAGAGCCAGUGGAACACAACGGAGAGCCCUGCAUGUAGAUAACACUUCAGUAUUUCUUGACUUGGGAGUGGAGGUGAGGUGUGGGGGGGAAGUACAGGCAUAGGGUGGAGCUCACCAAGAGGAAUUUGCACACGAUACAGUUAUAGAUAGUCUCCUCCUGGCCUCUGUCCAUCCAGGGCUUUUCAAGGUGGGCUUUAGGCAAGAAGUUGUGCUCUCCUGAGUCUCAGCUCCCUCCUCUGGGAAAAAGUUAAAAAAAUUUUUUUUGGUCCAGGCACCGGUUGGCUCAUGCCUGUAAUCCUGGCUACUUAGGCUGAGAUCCAAGGAUUGCAGUUCUCAAAGCAAA